AUGUCGUGGUUUUUUCAAUCAAAAAUCGCCAAAUCUCAUUUCUAUGUAUGGUAUUUGGGCUCGAAGGAGGCCGAUGGGGUUCGCGGGAGCGCGGUUGUUCUUCCCGUAAUGCGGCAAUUGUUAAAGGAGAGCUUCAAGAAGACGCCAAGUAAGGCAACGGUUCAAUUGUCCUCAAAAGGCCUCAAGCUUAUCCAAUCGGUGCCGGCGAUGUCGCGAAGCGGAAAAGUGAAAAUGCAAUUGGUUAAAUUUCAAAUUGCCGCCAACUGCAUAACGUACAGCAUCACCGGCAAAGCGCCAUUCGACGACGUCGUCGGCGUCGUCAUGCUCGUCCUCAAUCCCGAAAUGCAAUCGCCGAUGCACGUGCACUGCUAUCGUUGCGAUUCGGCCGAAACCGCGCAAAUAAUGCUCGCCAAUUUGCAGCUUCUCCUCUCGCGUCCCGACGUUCAACGCUCAAUAAACGACCUCGAGCAUCGGCUUUUCCUCUCCGGCCUUCUUGUACCUCGAACGAACAAUAACAACAAUAAUAUGAAACCGCAAAGAUCGCACUCGAAGAGCACUUCGCGGUCGAAUAGUCAACUCGAAGAGCGCCCGUCGUCUCUUGAUCGCCGCCUAAUCGAUCUCGAAAAAGAAUUGGCACCGCGCCGAAAUGCUCCGACGAUUUCGCGACGAGUCGUCGAUGAGCUCAAAAAUCGGCUGAUCGGCGAAACGCGAAUGUACGGACGGCAGAGUAGAGAGAGCUCACUCAGCCGGUACGAGUCGGAAAAGCGCGCCUCGUUGUCGGAAUUGCCGAUCGAGUCGGACUCAUCGCGCUAUCGAAUGUUCGGCGAUACGAUAUUGAGAGACACGAAGACGAAAUCGAGGAGUUUGGACGAUUUGGCGACGGAUCCGAUUGUCUCGACUAAUCUUCGAGGUCUUGACGCGCCGAUUCCGCCGCGUCGUUUCGCGCGCGUAGAUCACGUUUCGGACCCUUUUGGGCACACCAACUACGAGCGUACGAACACCUUAGAGGGAUUCUGGAAACAGCGAAUGCGCCGCUCCAGCAGCAUCAAACUCGAUUUUUAG